UCGAAUCUUGAAGAUACCUUACCAAUUUUCCAGAGCCGAUUGCCAAAAAUCAAAAUGCCGAAAGUUGUAUCUCGCAGUAUUGUUGUGUCUGAUAACAGAGAAAAGGAAGAAUAUGAAAAGGAUAAACCUCUACAGACUUACUUCUGUCUAUGUGGUCAGAUGGUAUUAAUUAUUGAUUGUCCACUGGAGAAGUUGCCUUUGAGGAAGCGUGAUAAAGCCAGAGUGAUCGAUGCCAACAAACAUGUUCAUAAGCUCACGUGCCAGCAAGGAGAUUUAGUCUACCUCAAAAGACCUGAAGGAAUUGAAAAGCAAUACAGACAGAAGUGUAAAAAAUGCGGCCUUCUCCUGUUCUACAGGCACAAAGACAAGGAUACCACGGUCACUUUCAUUGUAGAUGACGCAGUUUAUGAGCCUGAAAAGGGACCUCUCAAAGAACCCCUAGCUCUAGAAAACAUUCCAAGUAAAAAGGUUAUGAUGACUAAGAAGACCAAGUCGAUGGGCAAGUAUUCAACAGUCACUGUCUCUACCAUGGAUGAGGAGGAAGAUGAAAUCGAGGCGAGAGAAAUUGCCGACUCGUACGCCAGCAACGCCCGCGUGAUUGAGAAGGAAUUCAUAAAGAAAGGCAUGGCUAAAAGGAAGCCGGAGGAGCUCCUGCAAGAAGAGAUGGCCACCAAGAAAGCAAGAACCAAAGGAACACUCCUUGAUCAGAACCCUUGAAGAAGAUAGAUACUACCACAGACUUGUGUGCCAGGGUAAAGAAAUGGAAUCGGCUUCUAGUCUGUUGAGACUUGAGAGAUAUUGUUUUUAUUCCGACAGACAUCCAAGAUCGGAAAUUUUUUUAAACCACCACUAGAAAUGAUCUUGCAGAAGUUCCACACCAUUAUGGGGAAUAACGACUCCUGCCGAGUUUCCCUCAACCCUGUAUCAUCAUCAUCCUCCAGUGUGGAUUGUUGACUGUAAAAUGUUACACUAUGCACAUACAAGGGACCCGAUUGCUUGAGGGAAAUAUCUGUAAUUUUAAAAGGGCCGGGGGGGGGGGGGGGGGGGAUUCCAAGCCCCUGUACCGGUAUUUUUUCGGUGUAAUUUUGUUCUUCUUACCCCAUGCUUCAUUACUAUUAAGCCCAGAGUCUAAGGCAUAUUUGGACACCAAAUUGAUAACAUUUUGGUCAAUGGGAUAAUGCACUGCAUCCAAAAACGUUGGGCUGUGUGUGUCAAAAUUGUGAUCCCCCUAUACUUACAAAGCCUAAUCAUUAAUAUGGCUAACUAAUUAGGUGAUCAGUCAAAAAUGCUUCGAGUUAUGAAAACAAUUUUUGAAUGAUCUUUAUUUUUAUUUGAGUUACUCUUUACUCUUUUUACCCUUAUUACUCCUUAAACAUCUUAUCUGAUUCUAUCAUAAUUUAUUUUCCCGUUAUUACCAGAACUAAAGAUGACUUCCGAAACCAAGAAUUUUACCUUUAAUUUGACAAUAGAUCAUUUUCGUAAUGUAACCAAAUUCAAUGCAUAUGUCUUUGUGAAGUGAGUACCUCAAUACAAAUAUUUCA